CUCAACAAAGCCCUUAAAAGUCCAUGUUCUGAACCUCUUCCUGAUUUCUAUCGUAGACCAUCAUCAUCAUAAACAUUAAAAAAAAUUCCGAGUUCCUAUAAGAUUUUGUAGUACAGUAUCGGUCGUUAGGGUUUGCUGUUUUCUAUUGCUACGAUUUCCAGUAUAAGAGUCAUAAAAUCAAAGAUGGAUGAUUACCAGGAGGAAAUGGAAAGAUUUGGGAUGGAGAAUGACUUCGAAGACGGCCGAUAUAUAAAUGGAGAGUUCUACUUUAAAAAACAGAAAGAAAAACGAAAGCAAUCCAAAGAUGAUGUUCUUUAUGGUAUCUUUGCGGAUUAUGACUCCGAUGAUGAUUACGUUUCCUCUUCGCGAAAGAGGAGAAAAGACUCCCGAAAAGCUGAUCUCACUAAGCCUGUCAAUUUUGUCUCCACAGGUACUGUUAUGCCUAACCAAGAAAUUGAUAAGAAUUUGAGAGACAAGAACAGUGAUGUUAUGUUUGCUGCUGCUGAUGACAACAGACCUGGAAUAGGGUCUGGUUUUAAUACUGGGUUAGGGUUUAAUUCAGGGCUUGGUGAUUUUAAUGGGGUUAAAAAGAGUGAGGAUUUUGAGGAUGAUGGUCGUGACGAGGCUGAAGAUAACUUUUUGCCAACAGAGUUUGGGAGAAGGAUAAAGGAGGGGGCAGAAAGGAGAGAGCAGGAGAGAAUGGAGAAGAAAGCAAAAGGAGUGGGGAAAAACAAGGAAGUGAAAGAUGGGGAUGUUGGGGUGUUUGAGAAGCAUACAGUAAAAGGAAUUGGGAUGAAGUUGUUAGAGAAAAUGGGUUAUAAGGGAGGUGGAUUGGGGAAGAACCAGCAAGGAAUUGUAGCCCCAAUUGAAGCAAAGAUGAGGCCAAAAAAUAUGGGAAUGGGGUUCAAUGAUUUUAAAGAAACAUCAGCUAAGUUGCCUCAAUUUGAGGAGAAGGAAGCUGUGAGCCAAAGCCAGGGUCAGAUGGUGGGGAGAAUGAAGGAGAAGCUAUGGUUGAAGGGUAAGAAGAAGCAGAAGCAGGAGAAGUAUAUAACAGCAGAUGAAUUGUUGGCAAAGAAGGAAGAACAAGGUUUUGAGGUUUUUCAGAAGGUGAUUGACAUGCGAGGGCCGCAGGUGAGGGUGCUGACAAAUCUGGAGAAUCUUAAUGCAGAAGAGAAGGCGAAGGAGAAUGAUGUUGCGAUGCCAGAGCUUCAGCAUAAUGUGAGGUUGAUCGUGGAUUUGGCAGAGCUUGAUAUACAGAAGAUUGACAGAGAUCUGAGGAAUGAAAGGGAGACUGCUAUGAGCUUGCAGCAGGAGAAGGAGAAGUUGGAAACAGAGGCAGCACGCCAGAAGAAGCAAUUGGAUAAUGUGGAGGAGAUCAUGGGUGUGCUGAGCCAUAUUGAGGAACAGAAGUCUUCAGGAACUUUGACCUUGGAUUCACUAGCAAAGUAUUUCACAGACAUAAAGCGGAAAUUUGCAGAAGAUUAUAAGCUUUGCAACUUGUCUUGCGUUGCUUGUUCAUAUGCUUUACCUUUGUUUAUCAGAGUAUUUCAGGGCUGGGAUCCUCUUAGAAAUCCAUUGCAUGGAUUGGAAGUAGUAGAAUUAUGGAAGAAUGUGCUGCAAGGUGAGGAAAGUAGUGAUAUAUGGGAUGAAGUUGCACCUUAUGCACAGUUAGUAACAGAAGUAGUUUUGCCUGCUGUAAGAAUAUCUGGGAUUAAUACUUGGGAGCCUAGGGACCCUGAACCCAUGCUUAGAUUUUUGGAGUCUUGGGAGAAUUUGUUGCCUGCAGCAGUUGUUCAGAGCAUCUUGGAUAAUAUAGUUAUGCCAAAAUUAUCUAGUGCUGUGGACUCAUGGGACCCACGUCGGGAAACCGUUCCCAUUCAUGUUUGGGUACAUCCAUGGCUGCUGCAGUUGGGAUUGAAAUUGGAGGGCUUGUACCAGAUGAUACGAAUGAAGUUAAGUAUGGUUCUUGAUGCGUGGCACCCUAGUGACGCAUCUGCUUACACCAUCUUAUCACCUUGGAAAACUGUGUUUGAUGCAGCCAGUUGGGAAAAUCUUAUGCGCAGAUUUAUAGUUCCCAAGUUGCAGGUUGCAUUGCAGGAGUUCCAAAUAAACCCAGCUAAUCAGAAGCUUGAUCAGUUCUAUUGGGUUAUGUCAUGGGCUUCAGCUAUUCCAAUUCAUCUCAUGGUUGACUUGAUGGAGAGGUUUUUCUUUUCGAAAUGGCUGCAGGUUUUGUAUCACUGGCUCUGUUCAAAUCCUAACUUACAAGAGGUUCAUAAAUGGUACAUUGGUUGGAAGGGACUUCUUCCACAAGAGCUUCAGGCACAUGAAAAUAUUCGUUAUCAGUUUACUCUUGGACUCAACAUGAUUGAUCGGGCUAUUGAAGGUAUGGAAGUGGUCCAGCCUGGUCUGAGGGAGAACCUCAGUUAUAUUAGGGCACAGGAGCAGAGGCAGUUUGAGGCCCAGCAAAGAGCUGCAAUGCAUUCUCAAUAUCAAACUGCUGCUGGCAUGGGUAGCACAACGCAAAUGGGUGGUUUUGGUGGCGGUGCAGUUGAGAUGACUUUGAAAGAAGUUGUUGAGGCCCAUGCACAACAUCACAGCUUGCUCUUUAAGCCAAAACCUGGCAGGAUGCAUGAUGGUCACCAGAUAUAUGGGUAUGGUAACAUGAGCAUAUAUGUGGAUCCAAUACAUGAAAGGUUAUAUGUCCAGAAGGAGGAAGAUUGGUUACUGACAAACCUUGAUAAUUUGCUUGAGAUGCAUAAUAAUUCUCUUAAAAAGAGACGGUGAGUAGUAGAGCCUCGAAGAUGUGUUAGGAUGUGGGGGUUAACGCCGGACUGGGUAGCCAUUCCUUCAGUUCAUAGGUUGUAUGUUUUAUGCAUAAAAGGCAUUGAAGAGGUUAGCUAUUUCUUAUUCUUUGAGCUUGUCGGUGACUGAGAUGGCUUUGUUGUAAGAAAUUAUAUCAUUUUUUCCUGACAUUAUUGUGAUGCAAUACUGCUUAACUUAUUUUAACUGUUGCAUUUUCAUGUUAGCUGGUCUUGUAAAUAUUUAGCCAUGAUACUCUUAAUGAUAAUAGGUCUUUUCUAUUCA